AUGGAUAAAACUAUAGAUGAGGCCAACGAGCUCUUCAGAUCCCAAAAAAUCCUGGUAUUUGAACCUGGAGAGGAGGAGUAUGAGCGUUCUGUCGUGACUCCAAAUCUCCUGUUCCGCUUCUCGAGACCCCAUUUGGUGAUUCAACCUGAGGACGCUUCUCAUAUCCAGCCCAUUAUCAAGCAAGCAAGAGCGCAGAAGCUCAAAAUAUCUAUCAAGUGUGGUGGUCAUUCUUAUGCAGGACACUCCACCGCCAACAAGGGCAUCUCGCUGGACCUCAGGAAGAUAAAUAAGGUUAAGCUCGACAUCAAAUCGAAAAUUGUCACGAUGGAUGCUGGUUGCAACUGGGGCCAUGUGUACAAAAAACUAGUCAACGGCCGGCACAACAGGUUCAUCAUCAACGGUGGGCGUUGCCCCUUUGUGGGAGUGAGCGAUUUCAUUUUGGGGGGCAGUCUCAGUCCGUUUACAAGAAGCUUCAGAAUGGGAUGUGACACUCUGGAGGAGGACACUGUUGUGACCGCAGACGGGGAGUUGGUUACUGUUAAAGACAAUGAUGAUUCGAACUCUAAGAAGAGCAAACUCUUUUGGGCACUCCGCGGUGCAGGUGGUUGUAAUUUUGAUAUUCUGGUGAAGAUAAAGUUGAAGGUCCAGCAGCUGCAGAACAAGGAAGGUGUGGUGGUAGCUGGGAGAUAUCAGUGGUUCCUCAAGUCAGCAAGGAUCACGAAUGACCUUAUGAAUAUGAUAAACUAUUUUGACUUAAUAACUACAAUGAACAAUUUCUACACGACCGAUUGGCCCAACCAGAUGACCAUUGACAGCACCUGGAUGUGCAACCUCCAGCAGAAAGAGGGCGAUGGAGUCCGGUUCCUCGUCUACUAUGAUGGCGAAAAGGACGAAUUCGACAAACUUAUCAAUAAAUACAUCAAACAGCCGGAGCUGGCAAAGCAACUUAAACAACGAUCCUUGCCUGAAAAACCUACAGCAUCUACAGCUCCUUCGUUUUCAACAACGCUAAUAACAGCCACCACCAUCAUCUGGGAAGAGAUGAAAACUUUCCGGCGCCUCUACCAGGGGGAAAAAGUUCAGUUUCUGGUUACUUGGAUUCAUUCUGGGGGCAAGGCGAAGGAGAAGGAACCUUCAGAUACAGCUUUCUUCUGGCAUGAAGCUAUGUAUCACACACAUCUCACAGUAGAUUGGGAGGACAAAUGGAUGGAGAGGGACAUGAGGGGCUUCUUAAAGGAGAUCAAGAAGAAGCUGAGGCCCUUUUCUUUGAAGCGGAAGGCCGCAUUCAUCAAUUUUGCCAACGGAGAACUAUCAAAAAAAGCUUAUGAAAAGGCAUAUUUCGGGAAUAAUCGCGAGAAGCUGCGGCACAUCAAGGAGAUUUGGAAUAAGGAUAACUUCUUUGAGUGGAAUCAAGGUAUUCAGCUUCCACAGGGUAUUGACGAUGAUGGGGAGGAUGUGGAUGUGGAUAUGCCGGAUAAGGAAAAAAUAACAGAUACGAUCGCAAAAGAACAGUGGGAAAAUUUUGAAACCGAUGACUUCGUGAAAGACCGUAAGGAAUCUGUGGAUAACGUUGACAAAUUAGUCAAAAAACACCCCAUACUGGAGCGUUUCUUCAAGGGCAAGAAGAACUAUAUAAAAGAGUUGGUGCAGAAGGCUGCGGACCUGAAGAACGACUUGUGCACGUCCCUUGGUAGCAAAGACCUUCUACCCAAAACGAUCAAGAUUACCUUGCGUCAGCAAGUUAUCUACUGCG